GAGGUGAAGGAGCUCCUCCAACACAAGGGUCAACACUCUCGCUGCUGCCUUACAGGCCUUCACCUGCGACGGUCUUUCUAUCGCUCCCUCCAUCGCCACUGUUUCUGCCCUGCAAUCAUGGUGAAGAGGUUCAUUAUUGAUGUCGAUACUGACGGGGAUCACGAUCUGGAGGACGCUGGCUACGUCGCCACGGUGACGCGGGCACAGGUCUCUUCCGAGGCGCUGGGAGACCUUAUGUCAGUCUUGGACGGUUCCACCAGGGAGGUCUAUGAGGAGAAUAUCGCGGAACAAUUCACAAUUAUCUAUGUCUAUAUGGGCUUCGUGUCUCUGCUUUUUUUCAUCGCUGGUUUGUCCAUGGGCAUCGUAAUGUUUUUAAAAAGCAGUUCCAGAUCUCAAAUGGAGGAUUACCUUAGGCGGUGCUGCCCCUGGGGGUUCCGCGGCAGGGUUUCAGAUCCUGUCAGCGACAGCGUUCCAGAUCCUGUCAGCGGCAGCGUUCCAGAUCCUAUCCUUAUGAGCGUCUACGACCAUCAGGGCGAAGAAUCUGUCAAGGAUGGCGAAGGAAGCAGCGGGUCAGCAGAUGACGAGGAGAGCAAAACCAGCGACGCGGUGAAAUCUAAUGAGAGAGAUGAAGCCUCGGCCUCAGGAAGAGAGGGGGAGAACGCUGAGGCGAAAGAUGAUAGAAAAACUAAGGGAGAGAAAGAAGGAGAUGGUAAAAGUUCAAGUUCAAGUUCAAGUUCGAGUGAAGGUGAAGACGAGGAAGGUUCUGUGCGUCACCGUAAGAAGGUGGCCGCCGACGGGACGGACGAAGGAGAAGGGGCGCCGGUAACUGAAGAUAAAGGUGAAGAUGAACAACCCAAGUAAUAUAGCUAUGGUCCUCGGCGGCGCGUGGAGGAGGCACGCGGAGUUGCAGAUCCAUAAAAUUGUAUAGUGUUCUAAAUUCAAAUUAAAGUUUAUUAAAUGUUUCUAAUGUUGCUAAAA